CACAGACGAACUGACGAUUGAUUUUAGUAAACAGAGUACGGUAGCUCUCGAAUGAAAAUCACUCAAAGGUCAAGCCCAAUCUUGCAGGGUACGAGAACUCACUGAGCACAUCCAAAUAACCAACAUACCUGUCUGGCAAAUACAACCUUUAUGGCUUCCAGUUCAACACAGCCUGGUGAAACAGCAAACAAAUUGAUUCUGACACCGGUCAUGACCCUGGAGGGACAUGAACCAUGGAUAUCUCCAGGCUGGUCGGAUGAAAAUGGCCAUCCCGUCAAGUCCAAAGAUAUUUCAUCCAUGUCCUAUUUUCCCGACGGCAGGCAAAUGAUCAGCGGAUCACACGAUCAGACCAUUCGGCGAUGGGACCUGCGGAAGGGUAAGGAGAUUGAGAAGGCUCGGGAGGUUUGCGAGAAUCGUAUAGAUGUAGUUGGGGUAUCAAGGAAUGGUCGAUGGGUUGUCACUGCUGGUGGCAGUGGGGAGCUCAAAGUCAGUGAGGUUGAGACAGGGACCGCGAGAACACUUCAUGAAGACAAAUGGCCCUGGCCAUGGAUCAGGUGCAUCGAUAUCUCAGCGGACAGCACACUGGUUGCGGGUGGAUCGGACGAUUCUGCAGUGCGGAUAUGGAGCUUGGACACAGGGAAACUCAUGGCCGGCCCAUUCGGAUCAAAUGAUAAUUUUACACGCACUCUUCGACUCUCGGCAGACUCUCGGAAGCUGGCGGCGUUGGGGCGGCGUCUUCAGGUGUGGGAUGUCCAAACACAGAAAUUGGAUGUACAAAAAUAUACUCUCAGCACUAGUGCGGCGUCAACUUUGCCUGUAUUCUGGACAACAAAAGACAAAUCCAUCAUAGCUGCAGAUGGCACCAGGACAAUCCAUGAGUUUGACGCGUCCACGCUCAAGACUGUUGGGGCUCCUUUCAAGGAGCACCCUGGUCCCAUCAUGGGUCUAGCACUCUCAUCUGAUUGUGUUCUUCUCGUCAGUUCUUCUUUGGACCAAACCAUCAAGCUAUGGUCCUUCCAAUCCCGCCAGCUCCUCGCUUCAUUCGACGUCCAAAAUAUUGUCCAGUCCUUUACCUUCUCACCCGAUUCACGCCAACUAGCUUACACGAAUUUCAAUGAUUGCAAUAUCUACAUUUGUAACAUUCCAGCCAAUGUCCUUGCUAGCAUUGGGCUUGCAGAAGAGCCGCAGCCUAUUAAACUUUCACGCCACGCUGGUCUGCUCAACUCCGAUGCAACACGUCGCCACUCCCGCAAACCAGUGAUAGCACCUGUCAUGUCUCCCAUCUCUCACCCGCCAAGACCUCUGCCUGCUGGCGACCCACACACUCUCCUUCGUUUUCUACGCAAGCUCCUUUCAUCCUCUUCUCGUACGGAUGCGGUUCUCACCGACGAGCCUCGUAAUCCCUUAGACUUCUCUGCCACAUUGCCUCUACCUCGUCCACUUAUAAAACCAGACGAGAACUCUCGACCCACACCGGCACCACCCACCACCCAAUCCUCCAUCGUCAAUACUUCCCUGGCCCUCAAAUCCAGCUUACAUCGACUAUCAACUUGGUGGCCCUUUCAGACAGAUCAUGCAUCGCCAGCUAUCGCCCUUGUUCCUCUCGCGCCGGGCAAACUGCGGGUGCUCCCAGGCAAUGAUGAUGAUGAUUUAAUACGCGACGAAGGACUAUAUUUCUCCUCCUCCUUCCCCCAAUCCCGGCUCACGCCGAGGGAUUGUCAACGCCGGACAGCAUGGAAGCGGCCGGUUCUGUUCCUGCUUCUAACUGAAUUUGAACUUUUCCCCUGUUAUCUCGUCACUGUAACUGUAAUUACUCGUUGCAUGCAUUGUCUUCCUACACUUAUAUCAAGUCUAUGGUUACUAUACCCCUUUGAGCGCUCGAGAUAUAUCACAGUCCCGAUGGUCGAUCCUGUCCAUCACAGGUCGCGGAGUGUUUUGUUUUACAGCAACACACGCUAGAAAAUGAGUACGAGGACCUCUGAGACACACUGUUAUGCGUCCAGUUGCAAUCAGAAGGACGGCCGGUUGACUAUUCACGCGUUUAUAGUAUUUCCACCAACU